CCCCUUCCAAGUCAGCCAGCUUCCAAGUCUUUCCAAACUCCACGUUACAACUUCAACCUUUGACAUCUCUCCAUAUCAACCUCCUCGGUGUGAAAUUCAACAUAUACUCGGCACUCCCCAACACCUCUACUUUCGCAACCGGGGUGGCCGGCCUUCUGUUUUGAAGCGCUUUACGCACAGGCGAGACAUUCUGGACUCGACGCACAACUCCGCCAAUACAAAUCGCAGCAAAGUUUGGUGCACCAUGGAUUACGGGGAGGCCUUCUUGAAUAACCUUCCGUUGGCCUCGGAGGUCACAGAAUAUCCUGAUAUAGGGCUGCUAGGGGAAGAUGACAUUUUCAAGUCCUUCCUCAACGAGGAUUUUGCAAAGUUAAUGGAUAGCGGCCAGUUUCCGCUUCAAGAUCCGCUGUGUUCGCUGGUGGGCAUGGACAUGCCUCUACUGGACAGUAGUGGUCCUGGAGGUGUACCCGUACCUGUACCUUUCGGAGAGUCUUUCGGACAGUCGUCGGAACGCACAGGUUCAUUGAGCCCGCAUAGCGUCGCAUCCAAUCCUCAUUCGUUCUCCUACUCGUCUCCGUCUUCGGCGGCGUCCGGUGGUUUGUCACCCGGAAUGGAGUGGCUGCUCGAUUUCGAUGAUAACCUUGCAGCACUUCAGAACAGUCUCGUAUCCUCCGGCCCUCCACCGGCUGAGCCACUACUUAGCACAGCACCUAUCGCAGCUCCGACGACUCUGGUAUCCUGCGACGCCGACCUCCCCUUACCCGCUCUGGAGACACGUCUAGAGCCAUUAUUACCCAUCAAAGUGGAACCUUCGGCGUCGUUGCCACUGCCGAAGAAAAUCGAACCCAUACCACUUCUGCCGGUGCCGACGCUACCAGCAAAGGCAGCAAAGCAACCGUUAGCCCCUAAAACCUCUCAUCCGAUUCAUGUAAAUAUUCAGCCUAAACCAACGCCUGACGUAGCCAAACCUGGCCCAGCGGCACUGACCGCAGCCGAAAGGCGAGCAGAACGGUUGAUCAAGAACCGCGCCGCUGCCUUGGAGUCGAGGAAGCGAAAGCGGGAACAACAGCAAAAGCUGGAGAAGGCCAGCGAACAGCUUUACGAAGAUAACGAGAACCUGAGAGCCAGAGUGGCCGAUUUAGAGGAGAAGAACCGACAGCUGACAGAGGAGAAUGGGCGAUUGAGGCAUCGAUUGUACAACUUGGAUAAACGCGCUGCGGAUGUUUCGGGGAUCGACCCGAUGAACUCAUUUGCAGACCUCAGCACUGUCCUCUUUGAGGCGCCCAACAAGAAGGCAGUGGGAACUGCUCUCAUGGCAUUCUUCUUCUCGUUUGCCUUGAUCUUCCUGCCCGGUUUCAUGUCAUCAUCUCCCCAUAUCGGCGGCCAUCUUGCCGGCAGAGCCUACUCCGACGAGAGCUCCGCCUACUCUGGGCUGAAGCUCCUCGACCCACCGCCGAAAAUUCUCUACCUCCCAGCCUCGUCACCACUCCCUACCGAAUCUGGCCUUGUUCCCUUGUCCAUGACGCCAGCAUCCAUGCAAAUCAGGAGCAGUAUGGGCAUACCACUUCAUCGAGCGGUCUUCAACGAUGUUCUUGAGAAAUUGGUUGAAAGCUGCCCGAAAUCGGAAGCUACCCGCGAACACCGAGCGCAUCUCGCAACCCUCUCGAGUCUCUUCCAUGAUCAGACUCAGCGUGACAAUGUCCUCGUACCCGCAGGUGCGCGCCGGAAAGUUUCCAUUGACCGGUCUGGGAAGUCGUUCGAGCAGGCUGCCUCAAAGUACAUCAAGUCGGAUGACAGCAGUAAAGCCGGCUUUGUACAUAUCCCACCCGACUGUGGCGUACAAUACGAGGCUGACGGAACCGGCGCGAAAGCAAUCCCACACCUUACCCUCUCGGACUCCAUCCACCUCCUUCCCUACCGAUCGCUGUCGGAUUCCGGCUCGAGAUCUGCCCGAUCAGAUAAAGACGGAUGGCCCGCGGACACGUUGGACGCUCCAAGAUUCUCUCUUGUGGCGAAGUUACCGUCCUCGGAAGUGGAGGGUGAUUCUUCUCGAUCUAACGCGGGAGGGUUCCUGCACCUGGAUUUAGAGGUCAUUGACGCUCGUCUGGUGAAAUGGAACGAGAGCGAGCCUUGAAUGGAGAGGCUCUCGUGACCGUCGAGGUGUAUCGACGAAUGGGCUGUACAGAGCAUCCCCAUGUAUGAUAUCAAAUGUAUGGAUUGCGGUUUUUUUGGGCUCGGCUGAGAUACUUGAGGAGGCGAGACAGCUUAGUUUUCAGCCUAUGUAUUCCAUCAGUGAGUAGUUGUAUGGCUUCUACAUGAAUAUCAUCUAUUGCCUGC